CCGACGGAGCGGGACGCUGAGCAGCGCAGCCCCUGAGGGCGCGGGGGGCGCCGCCGCCAUUUUGCGCAUGCACCGGGGCCGCCCCUCAGGGCUGCGGGCGGCGGCGCCGCCUCAGCCAGCGCCAUGGCGGCUGCCGGGGCGGUGAGGAGCAGCGGGAGCAGCAGCGGCAGCAGCGGCUCCUUCUGCGACCGGCACGCCCGCCUGCUGCUGGCACAGAUCAACCGGCUCCGAGCCGGGCAGAGCUUCUGCGAUGUGCGGCUGGAGGUGGGUCCGGAGGCGUUCGCCGUGCACCGCCUGGUGCUGGCUGCCAGCAGCCCUUACUUCGCGGCGCUGCUGGCGGGCGGCAUGAAGGAGAGCGGCCGCGACGUGGUGCGCAUCGCGGGCGUCGAGGCGGACAUCUUCGGGACGCUGCUGGACUUCAUCUACACGGGCGCCCUGUGCCUGCCCGCAGGGGUGGUGAGCAUCGGGGAGCACAACGUGCAGGAGCUGAUCGUGGCCGCCGACAUGCUGCAGCUGAGCGAGGUGGUGGAGCUGUGCUGCGAGUUCCUCAAGGGGCAGGUGGACCCGCUCAACUGCAUCGGCCUCUUCCAGUUCGCCGAGCAGAUCGCCUGCCACGACCUGCUGGAGUUCACCGAGAGCUACAUCCACGCGCACUUCUUGGAGGUGCAGGGCGGCGAGGAGUUCCUGGCGCUCACCAAGGAGCAGCUGGUGAAGAUCCUGCGCAGCGAGGACCUGAGCAUCGAGGACGAGUACCAGGUGUUCGUAGCUGCCAUGCAGUGGAUUCUGAAGGAUCUGGGGAAAAGAAGGAAGUACGUGGUGGAAGUACUGGAGCCUGUUCGGUUCCCUCUGCUGCCAGCGCAAAGGCUUUUAAAGUACAUAGAAGGUAUUCCAGAUUUCAGCCUUCGUGUGGCUCUACAAACUCUGUUGAAAGAAUAUUGUGAAGUCUGUAAAUCUCCCAAAGAAAACAAGGUCAGCAGUUUUCUGCAAGCUUCUAAAGGUCGUCCCCGGAGGAAAGCCAGGAAGUACCUUUAUGCAGUAGGAGGUUACACCCGACUGCAAGGAGGACGCUGGAGUGACAGCAGAGCCCUCAGCUGUGUGGAGCGAUUUGACACUUUCAGCCACUACUGGACCACGGUGUCCUCUCUCCAUCAGGCCCGGAGUGGGCUGGGUGUGGCUGUUGUCGGAGGAAUGGUCUAUGCCAUUGGAGGUGAGAAGGACUCAAUGAUUUUUGACUGUACUGAAUGUUAUGAUCCCGUCACUAAGCAGUGGACCACUGUGGCUUCCAUGAACCAUCCUCGUUGUGGACUGGGAGUGUGCACAUGCUAUGGUGCUAUCUAUGCUUUAGGAGGUUGGGUUGGAGCAGAGAUUGGCAAUACAAUUGAAAGAUUUGAUCCUGAAGAAAAUAGUUGGGAUGUGGUGGGAAGCAUGGCUGUGCCCCGUUACUACUUCGGGUGCUGUGAAAUGCAAGGUUUGAUUUAUGUUGUUGGCGGUAUCAGCAAUGAAGGAGUAGAGCUACGUUCUGUUGAAGUCUAUGACCCAAUAUCAAAACGUUGGUCUGAGCUUCCUCCCAUGGGCACCCGAAGAGCCUAUCUUGGUGUAGUUGCUCUCAACGAUUCUAUCUACGCUGUGGGAGGCUGGAACGAAUCUCAAGACGCUCUUGCUACUGUAGAAAGAUACUCCUUUGAAGAGGAAAAGUGGGUUGAAGUUGCACCAAUGAAGAUACCAAGAGCUGGUGUCUGUGUUGUGGCCGUGAAUGGAUUUCUUUAUGCCUCAGGAGGCCGAGCUCCCAGUCACGAUUUCGCUGCUCCAGUAACCUCUGACUCUGUUGAAGUUUAUAACCCGCAUAUGGACAGUUGGACUGAAAUUGCCAACAUGAUCACCAGCCGCUGCGAAGGAGGCGUAGCUGUGCUGUAAAGCACAAGGAAGAAAAUUCAUGCAAGGAAUGCGUGAACACGUGUCUCCUCAGACUUCCAGUUUCAUGGGCCAGAAACCUUCUGGCAGCAGAAGCUUCAGUGAAGACAGUGGAGAAUUAGAUGAGAGAGCUUUUCCUAGCCAAAAGGAAAUAUUAAAAGUCUUGCCCAUCAAAGUAAAUUGGCUUUCUGUUUCAGGAAGUACUCUGUUAAAGGUAGGAAUGUCUCUGAUGAUUGGAUGAAGUUCACUUAAAUGGCAAAUUUGCCCUGUAAAAAAUCUGAAGAAAUCAUUCCAGCAUGCUAGAGACAUUAAUCAUAUUCAUUCCCUAAGAUGCACUAAGGUUAGCAUCUUUAGCUGGUCGUACAAUCCAGAAGAAGGCUGCUAUGGUUGGCUAGGAGUUACCUGAUGAUAGUAGCAGAUUGGUUACUUGGUUAGCAUUAGUUGUCCUUUUCUGGGAGAAAACGAGAAAGAGAUGAGAGGUGGGGAAGACUUGGAAGACUGCUUAUGACCUAGAUGCAUUUGAGCCUCUCUUCUGCUACUAGGCAUGGGCAUUAAAUGUGGGUUAGAUGUUUACUUCCCUGCCACCCCACUAACUGAUGGUAAGUGGCUGAGGAUUUCCUGUUCUGUAGUUUUUCCUUGCAGUUCUAAUAAUGACAUUCUACUUUAGCACAGUUUGGUUUUUUUUUCCUUCAGUGUCAGCAAUGAGAGUAGAGCUCCUUUUUUUUUUCUGUAAACUUUGAUUUUAAAUGGAAAUGCUGUUCAUUAGAUUAGCUGUCCUGCAGUUAGGACUGCUCUGAAACUAAAAAUCUAGGGAAAGCCUCUUGCCCAUUUUUUUUUCCUUAGUUGUGUUUUACCCUGUGUGACUCAUGCCAAGAUUCAGCAUUGGAAUACAUGCAAGGUGCACGUGUUCAUCCUUGCUACAUCUUGUGUCCUGCCUCUUCCAAAUUUUGAGUGGUUGGAGCUUUCUGUGAUAGAAUUAGUUGAAUUUAGCAUUGAAGUGAUGCCAUCAGCGUGUCUUGUUGUAAUGAGUUUGCAUUUAGCAUGGAUGCACCUAGUAGAACAGUUCUUGCAGGAGUUUGGAGUUACUUCUAGAUUCAUCUAAUGAGCAUUGUACUUGAAGCUGCUUUUUGCACAACACGAUUGCAUUGUCUGCACAGCUAUAGAUGACUGAAAUAAGGCUGCUUGAACUUUUGAUAGACAGUGUUACUCUAGAACACAAAACCACAACUGGAAUGUUACAAAACAGGAAGCCUGCACUAUGGAGACAAAGAGGCAUUCAUGCUGUCUAAGUCAAUAUCCCGUUUGUGCAAUUAACAAAUUAAUAUACGAGCAAAGCCUCCAGAGUGAGUGUUUCAGGUACUUUAAGAAUCAAUCUGUGUUACAUUCUAACACAGAGCUGGGAGCUUGCCAGACUAAAACAUGCUAGAGAGAGUAUUUGUUUCUCAGAUCACUCAAUUUUGUAUAUGUUUUAUUUCAAAAUGAUUUCCUAGGUGUGUCUAUUGUCUUUCAAGUUUAAGCUUGUUUUAAACAGUUUUUCGUAAUAAAAUGCAUUUUUGUAA